AUGAUAAUGAAUUUUGGAUCUCUCCUAAACAGCUUUAAAUUUUUACAGGAUUCAGAACUCAUUGAUAGUUUGCUAACUAAAGAAGGCCUCAAGCUUGAAGAAAUUCUUGACACCAAUGAAGAAGCCAUCAUAGAGCUAAAAAAAGGGAAUCAAAAAUUGAUAGGAUUUUUAGUCCCAAGCCACCUAGGAGAACUAAUUGAUUAUACCACUCUUGAUCCUAUUGACACAAAUAAUCAAAACCAAUGCUACAAAUAUCCAUUUGUGUCAAAUGAAAUUUUAAACAGUGAAUGUCCUGAUCUUUUAAAUGCCAUUUUUGCUGACACAACACUUUUAGACCGUCUAUUCAAAUUUUUAUCUGCAGAUUUGCCUAAUAAUCCUAUACUUGCUGGGUAUUUUUCACGUACUUUACACAGUUUAUUGGUGAAGAAUAGCUAUGCUCUACUAUCCUAUUUAUAUGACACUAAUGGACAUGGAAAAGCCUUAGCAAGACAUCUGUACAGUAAAAGUAUUUCUGAUAUUCUAGAAAGAAUUCUUACCUGCGAAACACACACAAAUCCAGUUUUUAAGCCAAAACUCUACGAAAUAAUCGGCCUAAUAUUAGAAAAUAUUUCGUCUACAAAUUCCCCAGAAGCUGUAAUUAACUCAAGUAGCUUGCUAGCCAGUUUAGUUACUAAAAAGCAAGGAAUUUCAUGUGCACUUGAGGCUUCUGAAUAUUUGUGAGGUAACGAAAAAAAUGUGAAAUUUUUAUUUACUCCCCCCCCCCUCCGUGAGUGAACAAAACCAUUAGAAAAAUCGCUAUUUUUUGCCCAAAAACCCACCCUCCGUGAGUGAACAAAAAUUUUUUUAAUAGCAAACUGCUUAAUGAAGAAAUUUCGGCUCCAUGUCAAAUGACCAUGGAUUUUUGACAGUGUAAAUUUCAUCGAAAUCCAUUUUGUCGAAAAUUUUUGAUAGUGCGGACAUUUGGCCGAAAAUUAAGGUUUUUUCUGGUCAAAUGUCUCACUAUCAAAAAUUUUCGAUCAAUUUUCGGCCAAAAAUUUUUCGGUGAAAUGGACACUAUCAAAAAGGCAAAGUCAUUUGGCCUGCACCCAAGAAUUUCAUAUAUCAAGAAGUGUCAGUUUAAUAAUUCAAGCACUUAUAAAUGCUUUGCUGGAAAAAGAAAAUGAUGAAGAAAGUAUGGCAGAAGAUGACGUGAUACCAAUGAUAGAAUUCAUGAUAAACAAUUUUGAUCAUUUUACAGAGGUUUUGAAAAAGCAAUCAAAUGUGCCUUUUACUUUUCCAAAUAAAAUUGAGUUUAUUCCUUUAGGAGAAUUAAGAUUAAGGAUUAUUGAGAUACUGGGAUCUGUUGUUAGGCUAUCAAAUGAAAAAUUAAAAGAUAAAAUUGCUGAAAGUUUAGCGAUACCGAUAAUUACAGUAAUUUCUAUUAGCUCCCCUUCCAUGAAAAAAUCAUUGGAAAAUCCCUAUUUUGAGUAAAAACCCACCCUUCGUGAGUAAACAAAAAAUUUUUAUGAAAAAAUAUUUUAGCAUAAUAAAAUCUCUAGCUACUUCUAUUUCAUUUUAAACAGCAUAAAGUUCAUAAAUUAAAUCAAUAUUUACUUUAAAAUUAUGGGCUUAUUAAAUGGUGAAAAAAAAAAUUUUCAAUAAAAUUUAUAUAAAGGAAAAUUAACCCCCCUUCAUGAGCGAACAAAAUUUGUUUGCUCGUUCAAAGAGAAAGAUGGUAAGGAAUUAUUUGCAGAAUAUCAUUGAAACAGCUUUCUUCACAAUUCAUAUGAAAAACUUGUACAGAAUAUAUUGCUAUCCGGCCAUUCAGGGCUCAAAGACGCUGUAAAGCAUAUUUAGCUAAUUCGAAAGAGUAAUUUGCCACAAAUUCUCAUCAAAUUUAGUCAAUCAGGAAUAGAAAACAGAAUCGGAUUGAUGGGCCACGUAACAAGAAUAGGCAACAUCCUUCUCAAGCAUUUUUCAAAAGACGAAAACCCUCCAAACGAGGACUGGAUUUAUUUUGCAAACAAUUAUCUUUCUUUUCAAAAUGAAAUAGAGUCUAGAGUCCUUGGAGGCAGAUCUCGAAUAAUGAGUUUUGACUUGACUGACCAUUACAUGGACACAAACGAUGAUAGAAAUAAAGAAGACGCUUUUGAAGAUAUCGAUUAUAAUUAUGAAAAACAAAAUAAUUCGCCAAUAGAAGAACAAGACAUUGAUAAUCUGAGAAGGGAACCUGAAAAUAGCUAUAUGAAAAAUAACUGACAAAUCGAAAAUGCACAGAGACUUGAAGAGUUAGAUUAA